AGAAGCUGCGAGGGAGACGGUGAGUUAAUGGCGCCAUUGAAACAUCUGGAAGGAGAGUAUCCGAUAAUAGACGCUGAUUUCCAAAACUUCUGCGCCUCUCGCGGGAUUUUCUCAGUUGAGGAUUUUUUAGUUCAAGACCUGGAUGUAUUAGCUGCAUUUGCAGAUCAACAUACCGCUUCUGAGAGAUUGAAGGAGGGGAUUAUGCAAAUCCUUUCUGUUAUAGAUGGCAUGCAUCAGCCAUGGUUGAAUGGUAUGGAGUUGUUGGAGGAUGCUCAACACAACAAACAUGUAUUAUCGACUGGAUGUGAAGGAAUUGAUUUGUUUCUUGAAGGUGGACUCCGUGAGGGACAGGUAACAGAAUUAGUGGGACCAUCGUCAUCUGGUAAAACACAAGUUUGUCUGCAUGCUGCUGCUAGUGUUGCAAAGGAGAAUGUGGGUCAUGUUCUGUAUCUAGAUACAGGCAUCACGUUUACUCCACGUCUAAAACAACAUAUUAUUGAUCUGACUAUUGUAACAUAUAAACAGGGGAUCAGUUUUCAUUUUCCUUUAGUUUGCUGUAACUCACAACUAUUCUUGAAGGUGACAAAUCACACUGUGGGCGGUGAGGGGGGUAUAUCAAAACCAGCUCUUGGAGAGAGUUGGAAGAGCAUCCCACAUGUGAGGCUUCUGCUCUCCCGUGACCAUGGAAAUAACGUUUGCUCUAUCUCUGUUCUGAAACACCCAUCCAUGGCUUCUGGUAAGGCUACAAGGUUUACGAUUUGUGACUAACAAAGUCGCGGAUCCUAUUUGUAUCAACAUCAUAAAAUACAAUGGGGUUACAAGAAUCAAAGCAUCAAACUGUGAUAUUGAGAAGGAAAAGCUUCUCAUUUCACAGUAGCUUAUUAUGAUCACAUACCAGAUAUCGACUGCGGCAAAUGCAUCAUGGCAUCAAUCUUUCCCGGGCGCAACUAGUAAAAUGGUCUAACCAGAAAUGCUUAAUUUUAAUGUAGUUGUAAAAAGUAAGUGUCUCUAUAUCCGUAUCCAUCCAGCUCAUAGGUCUCCUGGCUAGGGUUUAUUUGCUUAGGUUUUCACUGUUGCAGUAUCUUUGGUGAAAAGAUGUAGUUGUCAUUUGCAUUCAAACUCAAAUUUGAUUGUGAAGCACCAGUUUGUUUGCAUGAUUUUGAAGUACGCUCCUGUUUCCGCCUAUGUAGAUAGAGUACUCACAGUUAGGUAUAUCGUGUCAAAAAAUCAUGAUUCAUAAAUUA